GAAAAGGCCAUCCACAAGACGUCAGCCCACGUUUUUCGCAUCGAUCCUGCCACAAAGUCAAGCUGGCAGCCCAUAUCCAAGCGGGCUGUGCCCGUCCACGUCUACCAUGAUGCUGACAAGAAAUUUUCCCGCAUCGUGGCCAUGGAAGGGAGCUCAGCCUUGAUUAAUUGCAUCCUCAGUGAGGGCAUUAUCUUCACCAAAACCUCACCCAAAUUUGGUCAAUGGCGCGAUCCACGCGCCAAAGCCGUCUACGGUCUAGGCUUUGCCACUGAAGACGAGAUGCAACAGGUUUGUUGCAGCUCCGUUUCUUAUCCACGCACGUUGAUCGGUGUUGAUCCGGCGCCCGUCACCCAACGUUAA